AUGUUGUUGAAACAUCUUAUAUUGCUGGCUUCAGCUCUGUCAGCUGUCAAUGCCCUUCUCCCAUAUCCUGCACCAGUCUCCCAAGAAGGCUCCCGGUCAACGCUCCUGCUCCGAGAAAACCUCAAAGUGACUCAUGUCACACGAAGCGUUGCACCCUUCGAUCAAGACAAUAUCACUACCGACUUGGCCGUGCGCUCUGAACAGGCAGCGACUGUUCUAAGCACUUUGAUCACUUCAUCUUUCAACCUGGCACUGGGAACCUGUGUUGUAGCUGCUAUUGCCACUGCUGGUGUAGCGUGCUAUACAGCACUGGCCGCUGCAGGAAUUGUCACGAUCUUCAGUCUACUGAAGAUCACUGGAAAUAAAUACGUCGGAGAAGCUUUGAAGGCGAGGGCUAACACUCCGGAAGCCAAGUGGACGCACUUUGCCAAUGUCACCGCACGUGAUGUCCCUCAUAAAGCAUCGUUCUGGCAGAGUGGCUCCAUUCGAGCCCUUCGCAUUGAACAGACCACCGAUUCGGCAUCUACCAGCUCUAGCAUCAACAAGAGGGAGGACGAUGUCUACCUGCUCACAAGCUUUGCCAAGGAGAAUAACAUCAUUGCUAGCAUUUAUUGGGUCGAGGACGAUCAGACAACGUAG